GUCAACAAACAUUAAAAAUACUCAUUCAAGUCCAAAUCCAAAUCUAAAUCUAAAUCUCCCAUAUUCCCAUCACAUUAUUCACAUUACCGACAAUUUUCUACGGAGUAGUUUGUUCCUGCAUUUUCCAAGAUUGCAAAUCCCCAUUUUUAACUGUAUUUCUACGAGAACGAUGGAAACACCAUUUUUGAGAGGAGAGAGUAGCAAUCGCACGCCCACCUUCAGUCGCAGGUCUGAUGCAAUCACUCGUGGCUCUGUUUAUGAAAGGGCUGCUGCUCUUGUUGAUUUGGCAGAAGAUGGUGUUGGUCUACCAGAAGAGAUUCUUGAUGGAUCGGACUUUGAAAGUUCAGCAAAAUUGUAUUUUGUUUAUACUCGCUUCGAUUUUCUUUGGACGCUCAACUAUUUCGCGUUGAUAGUCAUCAGUUUUAUCGAGAGACCUUUAUGGUGCGGGAAAUACAGUGAACAUUCUUGUAAUGAUAGGGACUAUUAUUUCCUGGGUCAACUUCCAUACUUAACCGGUGUUGAAUCUCUUAUAAUUGAGGUUAUUACUUUAUUAUUACUACUUGGCCACAUUUUGUUUCCAAUUGUGUACGAAGGUUCAACUAUCUACUGGAAGAAGUCUGUAAAUAAAUUACAGGUUAUUCUCCUAAUUGUCUUGGCGGCUGAUAUAUUGAUAUAUGGGCUCUAUUUGUCACCUCUGGCUUUCAAUUCUCUUCCUUUCAGGAUUGCUCCAUAUAUACGGGUCUUCUUUUUCAUUCUAUAUAUCAGGGAAUUAAAAAGAAGUGUUAUUGUUCUAGCUGGGAUGCUUCCUACUUAUCUCAAUGUCUGGGCACUUACACUUGUGUUUCUCUUGUUCUCAAGCUGGAUAGCUUAUGUUAUGUUUGAAGACACCAAACAGGGAGCAGAAGUUUUUACGUCAUAUGGUACUACAUUGUAUCAGAUGUUUAUUCUGUUUACAACUUCCAACAGUCCCGAUGUGUGGAUUCCUGCAUACAAGGCUUCUCGUUGGUAUUCCCUGUUCUUUGUUUUGUACAUCUUACUGGGUGUCUACUUCGUCACAAACUUGAUUCUUGCUGUUGUGUAUGACAGCUUUAAGAGUGAGCUUGCAAAACAAGUUUCUGGGAUGGACAAUAUGAGGAAAAAUAUAUUGCUCAAGGCCUUCCGUUUGAUGGAUAGAUAUAAUCUUGGAUAUCUAGAUCAAAAGCAAUGUCUUUGUCUAUUUGAAGAAUUGAACAAAUACAGGUCACUGCCAAAAAUUUCAAAAGAAGAUUUUGAAUUGAUAUUUGAAGAGUUGGAUGAUAGUCAUGAUUUCAAGAUUAAUGAAGAAGAAUUUGAUGAUCUCUGUCAUGCAAUUGCAACAAAAUUUGCGAAGGAAGAUUGUCCAUCCUGUUUUGAGUCAAUUCCAUCAAUUUACUACUCUCCAUUCUCUAAAAAUUUGAAGAAAUUCAUUCGGAGUGAUACUUUUGCAAACAUUGUCGUGAUCAUCCUUGUGAUUAAUUUGAUUGCUGUGAUCAUUGAAACCACGCUUGAUAUAGCCGAUAGUUCAGCUCAGCAGUUGUGGCAAGUGGUAGAAUUUGUGUUUGGUUGGAUAUAUGUGCUAGAAAUGGGUUUAAAGAUCUAUGCACAUGGGUUUUUGAAUUAUUGGAGGGAUGGUCAAAAUCGCUUCGAUUUUGUCAUAACUUGUGUGAUAGUUGUUGGCGAAACAGCAACCCUUUUUUCACCUGAAGGUCAAAGUGUUCUUUCUAAUGGAGAAUGGAUCCGCUAUCUUAUCCUUGCUAGAGUUUUACGAUUAGUAAGACUGUCGAUGCGGGUCAAGAGUUAUCGUGCCUUUGUUGCAACAUUCUUGACUUUAAUUCCAAGCUUGAUGCCAUACCUGGGGACUGUUUUUUGUGUCAUGUGCAUCUAUAGCUCUCUUGGUGUUCAGAUUUUUGGUGGGAUGGUAAACGCAGGGAAUGCUUUACUAGAGGGAACUGAUCUUGCAGAAAACGAUUAUUUACUCUUCAACUUUAAUGACUAUCCAAAUGCAAUGGUGACAACGUUCAAUUUAGUAGUUAUGGGGAACUGGCAAGCCUGGAUGCAGACAUACUGGGACUUGACAGGAACUUCGUGGAGUCUUGUGUACUUUGUUAGCUUCUACCUCAUCACAGUGAUGCUUAUCUUGAAUUUGAUCAUUGCAUUUGUGUUGGAAGCAUUCUUCUCGGAAUUGGAGCUUGAGGAGUCAGAAGGAGAACCUGAAGCAGGAAAGGGCAAAGGAAAAAAUUAUCAUCGCCGUUAUACUGGUCAUAAAUCACGAAGCCAAAGAGUAGAUAUACUGCUCCAUCGUAUCUUGAGUUCGGAGCUCGACCAAUCUGAUGCCUGCCAGGAUAGUGAGACCGCUGAGGCAUAGGCGUUACCUUCCACUCCGUUGUGGAUCCGAUGCAAUCAGAAAAUUGGAUAUCUAGUUACUGAAUUUAGAUAUGUUAGAUCUCAUUGUAAUUGUGAAUUUUUGAAAUAUCCUGGCCUGUUAGUUUGAACUACAUCUUCAAAAUUAGCAAACACAGGUGGCUGCGCACCGGCUUUACCAUUAGAUUUGCAACUUCUUACAUGUGCAUAACGAAACAUGUGGAAUUAUGUGAUUUUAGAGUUUCAAGUAUGAUUAAUUAUGUGAUUUUAGAGUUUCAAGUA